UGAAGUGCGGGGAUCGCGAAAUUGGUUGCGGUUGUAUUGAGAAUACGUAUUUUUCUUGUUUUAUCGCCAAAACCCUUUCAUUACCAAUGCAACGACCGAUAGUAAUAGUGUUCUAGAUUAUAAUACAAUUUUAUUAGUCAGUGCGAAGUGUUCUAUCCAUCAGAUUUGUCGUUUAACAUCUACUGCGGUUGUUCGUGUUGUUUUUAUUAUUGAUAUUUCAAUUUCACAAUCGCGCGCUAAAGUUAGACCUGGGAAAUAUUAAGAUAAUCGUCUAUAAAUAUAUCGUGAACGAAUUCGUAGUAAAAAUAAUUUCAAAUAGUCAAUAUAAAUAAAAUUAAAAUGUCUGAGAGCCAUGGUGACCCGCUUCAUAGGAAGGAAAGUGUCGUAGUCGCUAAUGUUCCAAAUGACAGUCCCGUGACGGACCCAGGGCAGGUUAGGGGUGGGAACGCGGAGGCGUCAGCCGGGAAGUUUGAGGGGCAACGCGGGAAAUCGGGGGCUUUGAAGAAGUCCGCCAGGUAUAGAAGCAGAUCGCUUUCUGCUUCGUCAGCGGAUUCCUACAGCUCAACGUCUUAUACAGGGUCAUCUUCAGACGAGGACGAGGGAGUGCAACCUCACGAGAAGGCAAUAGCGGCUGGCCAGGCGAAUCCUCCGUACUGCGUGAGGAACAUAGAGCAGCAUGCGUUCGGGAGAAGGGAGAUUGAGAUUGCUGAGCAAGAGAUGCCUGGGAUCAUGGCUUUGAGGGCCAGGGCCAAGGAGGAUAAGCCGUUGAAGGAUGCUAAGAUCGUGGGUUGUACCCAUAUAAACGCACAGACAGCGGUGCUAAUUGAGACUCUAGCAGCGUUGGGAGCCACUGUCCGCUGGGCGGCAUGUAACAUUUACAGCACGCAGAAUGAGGUGGCAGCCGCCUUGGCUCAUGCUGGCUACGCAGUCUUCGCGUGGCGCGGCGAGAGCGAGGAAGCUUUCUGGUGGUGUAUUGACCAAUGCUGUACCCCCACGGCGGCGUGGCAGCCCAAUAUGAUCUUGGAUGAUGGUGGUGACGCCACCCAUCUCAUGCUGAAGAAGCACGGUUCGGCUUUCAAGAAUAUUAAGGGCAUAGUCGAAGAGAGCGUGACCGGCGUCCACAGGCUGUACCAGCUGAGCAAGGCCGGCAAGCUGUGUGUGCCAGCAAUGAACGUUAACGACUCUGUCACAAAGACUAAAUUCGACAAUCUUUACUCGUGCCGGGAAAGCAUUAUAGACGCUCUUAAAAGAAGCACGGACCUUAUGUUUGGUGGUAAGCAGUCUGUGGUCUGCGGCUACGGAGAGGUCGGUAAAGGGUGCUGUCAGGCCCUGAAAGCUUUAGGAUGUGUUGUUUACGUUACAGAAAUAGACCCUAUAUGCGCGUUACAAGCAGCCAUGGACGGUUUUAGAGUUGUAAAAUUAAAUGAGGUAAUAAGACAAGUGGACAUAGUCAUAACAGCUACGGGCAAUAAAGGCGUGGUCACAAGGGAACACAUGGAGCGGAUGAAAAAUGGCGGCGUCGUUUGUAAUAUGGGUCACAGCAACACCGAGGUAGAUGUGCACGCUUUACGGACACCGGAUUUAUUGUGGGAGAGAGUCAGGAGCCAGGUAGACCACAUAAUAUGGCCGAACGGCAAACGCAUAGUUCUCCUAGCUGAAGGUCGUCUGGCCAACUUGUGCUGUUCCUCAUUACCGUCAUUCGUAGUCUCCGUCACCGCUGCGACACAGGCUUUAGCGCUCAUUGAGCUGUAUAACGCGCCACAAAAUCGGUACAAGGCGGACGUAUAUCUAUUACCUAAGAAGAUGGACGAAUACGUUGCGAGCCUCCACCUGCCCACGUUUGACGCUCACCUGACAGAACUGAAUGACGAACAAGCUAAAUAUCUAGGUUUGAACAAGGUCGGCCCGUUCAAGCCGAAUUAUUAUAGAUACUAGCAUAAAAUAGUGUACGCGAAUAACAAUACGUGGAGGCGGGGGAAAGAGUGAAUUGUUUAGGAGAUACGCCAGUGUCAAAAAGGUUGAGGAACAGUUAUAAUGAACGCGGAUUUGCAGUCUUUCGAUGUUAUUACAAGUAGCCUUAUUUAUCAUGUCAUCCAAAAAGGCGAGACACCUCUCACUGUCCAACCUCUUUAUUUAAAAAAAAACUUAAUGUGUAAUCAAAAUAUGGGUAUUCUACUGCAAAUGUUGCGGAGGUUAGUUGGGCGUCGCUUCGUGUAAAUACUGGACUUAACCAAUCAAGAAUUCUGUGCAAUGCGAGAUUUCUACGUGUAUGAAGUCGCGGGCAUUACCUAUAUAGGAACUAUAUUUAAGUUGGCGACGCGUCUCGUUCUCUUUGCGAGAAAAUCUGAUAUACUGAAAAAAAAAAAAGCUUAAGUAAUUUUCGAUUCAUAUCAGGAGGAACCGCGUUCAUUUAAGAAGUAAAAAAAAUUGCUUACCGAUUAUUUACACGAAAUUCACUGGCGUAUCUCUCAUACAAAGCCGUCCCUAGCCCCUUAUUGAAGUAGCACCGAUACUACUUUUUAUAACAUUGUAUGUAAAUGUAAAAGUGAAAAUAUUUUUACCAAAAACAAAAUGGUUACAUCAAACCCUUUAAUCGUAAUCGUAAAGGGCGCCGAAAGAUAUUCUAACCCUGUGCUAAUAAUUAAGCUAGGGACGGCGCAAUUUUCCCGCGAUGACGCCACACGUACUGUUAUAUCGUGCAAAGCUUUUAAAUGCUUACUGUGAAGUAUUACUGUCCUAUUCUGAAAUUGGUGACUCACGUUUGAGACGAAAAUCGAUCAAGUGGUUUUUUGUUUGCAUAGUAAUCAAACGAAUUAGCCGUUUUAAGCAUCUUUAGUCACCAUAGGUAUUUUAGUUUACAAUUAUUAUAAAGUUAUUGCGCAAUCAACACACAAUCUUUUCAAAACUGUUGGUUCUGUCUACCCCGCAAGGGAUAAAGACGUGACCAUAUGUAUGUAUUUAUUAUUGCGCACAAACAUAAAUAUGAUAAUAAUUAAUAUUCGAAGCGCAUAUAAACACAUUCGUCUAGUGCAGUUUUAACCAUGAUCCAAUACGGGUGCCGUGUGGUUCCCGGCACCGAUACAAAAAAAGAAUAGUACCACUCCAUCUCUUUGCCAUGGUUGUAGUAAAAGGCGACUAAGGGAUAGGCUUACAAACUUGGAUUCUUUUUUAAGCGAUGGGCUAGCAACCUGUCACUAUUUGAAUUUCAAUUCUAUCAUUAAGCCUAAUAGCUGAACGUGGCCAUUCAGUUUUUUCAAGACGGUUGGCUCUGUCUACCCCGCAAGGGAUACAGACGUGACCAUAUGUAAUGUAAUGUAAUGUCCAAUACGGGUUAAAAUCCCCUGCAAAGGUUGCGGAGGUCAGACGGGAGUCGCUUCGUGUGAAAACCUGACUCACCCAAUCCAGGAUCCAUGGUCAAAGGCGUACCCCGGGCUCCUCUCCAGAGUGGUGAGAUUAUGUAUUCAGGAUUUACGACAGGAGUAAGAAGAACAUGUAAAAUUCGAACACCAUUAACUAACUUACUUGUGCGACUAAAUAGAUUUAUAAUUACUGUAUUAAGUGAGUCGCCAAUUUCAAAAUAGCGCCCAUAGUGACGUAGGCUUAGAGUGAACGGAAAGAUUGUAUUUUAUUUUCAUCAAUUAUAAAUGAAAAUUGUGCGCGAAAAUAUAACGUUUUGUGUCAUUCUUUUAAAAAAUGAAUUGGAAUUGUUGUCGAUACGGUCCAAUAGCACAUCGACAUUAUGAAAAUCACAGCAAAUUAGCUUUUAUUACCGCUUCAUAGAGUUUUCUUGAUAAAAACAUAAAAUAAUGGUAUUUUUCUGCCGUGUGGUACCCGGCACCAAUAGAAAAAAGAAUAGGACCACUCCAUUUCACUCCCAUGGAUGUCGUAUAAGGCGACUAAGGGAUAGGCUUACAAACUUGGGAUUCUUUUUUAGGCGAUGGGCUAGCAAGCUGUCACUAUUUGAAUCUCAAUUCUAUUAUCAAGCCAAAAAGUUGAACGUGGCCUAUCAGUCUUUUCAAGACUGUUGGCUCUGUCUACCCCGCAAGGGAUAUAGACGUGACUUUAUGUAUGUAUAUGUAUUUAUUUAACGUCAAAGGUCGCGCCUUAGUCGCUAAGAAAAUCAUAUUUUCCUUAAUUUAGAGCCACUUCGACUAUAUUAAGACCAUGAUGGCGCCUAAAGUGAUAAAAAAAAUAAUAAUUUUAAGUCACUUUUACUUACAAUUGAAUGACACAAACGUUAUGAGAAUUUGUUUAGAACGAAUGUAAAUUUUAAUUAGACAAAUAGCUAUAUAGGGCUUAUUUUAAGUAAACUUGUUUGUGUCAUAGCUUUUUACUUGUUAUAAUUCUCAGCACAGAACGGAAUGGCGUUGUUUAAUUUAUAAUUUGAGACACACGUUUGUAACGUAUAUUUUUUUUUGACAUUAAACAUUUUGCCAAAAAAAGAUUGACUUUUGCUCGGGUACAUCGGCGUAAUAUUUAAAAGUGGUAAUACGGUACGGUUUUGGUAAAUAUCGUUAUUAAUCAAAGGUGAAGUAAGUAAAAAGUUAUGAAACAAAUACUAUACAAUUAAUUAUGUUACCAUUUUGUGUUAAAAAUUAUAGUUGUGUUCAAAUAAAUAGAUUUGUAUAGUGAAUAGACAUGGAGGUAUGAAAUCUAGAAGGAGCGUUUUAAUUAAAGUCAAAAUCAAUAGCAAAAUUGUAAUUCAUUAAUAUGCUGUCAAAAAUUUUUAUUUUUAGCUUUAUACACAAUCAAAGAACUUGAUUGAUUGAUAAAUAAAUAUCUGAAAUAUUGUCUUUGAUUAAGUUAAUUUUUUUUACAUAUUUUUAAGUUCGAUGACAAUUAAAUUAAGUAUCAUGAGGCCAUAUAGCUAAUAAAUACAAGCUUGCCCAAACGUAUUUAUUUUUAAAUAAGUAUAUUUAAUCCUUUCUUAUGAUUAUUUAAAUAAUUUUGUAAAAACCAUGAAAAAGCUACAUUAACAUUUGGAAUCACAAGUCAUUUUGUGCAAAUAAUAAUCCUACAGUUGUUACAAGGCAAAACCUCUUUCUUCAGAAAACUGUUCUUCAGGUCGUGAGUAUUUGAACACCAACAGCAGUACAGAACUUCGCAUAAAAAAUGAUCUCACUAAAAAUGCUUAUAAAAAAAGAUUAAAAAAAUAUUCAAUGUUUCUUAAACGAUUGAUAGGCUAGUACAAAUAGUUUUUCUUACAAAACUGUCUCGUAGCAUGGCACGCGCGACGCCGUUUUUAUCGCGCGAAAGUCUAUCUCUGUUUGGUUUUUAUUAUGACGUGAAAUGAUAAAGCGAUAGCUUUUCGCGAUUAAAACGGCGUCGCGCGACCAUGCUACGUGGGCGGAAUACCAAGUUUUUACUAAAAAUGAUCAAUUGUUUUAUGCGGAGCACCUUCUAUACUUUUAAAUCGGAGUUAUUGCUCUAAGUCUUUUAACAAGUACAACAGUAUUCAUACCUAUGUAUUUUAGUUAUAAAUCGAGGUGACUUAUCGUUGCCGCCAUUUUAAAUCAACUUAUAUUUCGGGUUAUAUAUACGUUAAUGAAGUAUAUAUACUAACUGUAUGCCACACUAGUCUUAUAUUAUUUAAAUUUCUUUACGCAUUUUUCGCAAAAUUCAUAAGGUCGUUUGAAAUAUUUUGUGAUACCCGUCUGUCUCUUUCUAAUUACGAUGCUAGUUUCGCAGUUAAACAAAAUAUACAGGGAUACCUACAUCUUAUCGUACUAUUGACUCUGUGUAUCCCGUAAGGGAUAAAUACCUCGUAAAUGUAUGUUUGUAUGAAUAAAAAUGUGGAAAGAGUCAGAGGGGUAAAUUAAGAUAAUUUAAAUACAUAUAGGUUCUUCUGAAAUUUGUAUACUUAUUUUAUAUCUAUGUGGUAUCAUAUUAGAAAUGUCAAAUUAAUCAAUUUGCUCUAUGAUACAUUGGACCAUAGACUAACAGACCGGUCGUUUAUGGUCGGUGUGUGUGUUUGAACGUUGAUUACGCCUAAAGUCGGAUGUAUAGUAGUUAAUUUUAAGGUUGUUGCAAUGUUUUAAUAAAAUAAAAGUUUGGAAAAAUGC